AUGAACGACGAGGAAAACUUCAAUCAUGUCGACGUGUUGCCGUGCGGCAGUGACGGGAGAUGUAGUGUUUUGGAACCCAGUCGUUGGGGAUUGAACGGGACGCCUUGGAAGAAAACUUUCCUGUUAUUUUAUCUCAGAGGAAAGAAAAUCAAAAGGAGCCAGGAUCAGGGCAGGUAGGGGACCUGGACGUGCACCCACACCCACGAAGGAUGCACUGAAUUGGGAAACAUCUGCUGAGGUGUGCCCUUCAACACAGCUAUGGCCUCGGUGACGUCUAGCCCUGGACCUGCCUCUCUGGGCUCCCAGGUUCAUGCUGCAGCUGUCAACGGAGAUAGGAGCGCCCUCCUCAAACUCAUCACAGUAGAGCCCUCACUGCGGGACCGUGAGGACCAGUUUGGUCGGACCCCUCUGAUGUACUGUGUGCUGGCUGACCGUCUGGAUUGUGCAGAGAUUCUGUUGAAGGCCGGAGCCUCAGUCAACAAGACUGACCACAGCCAGCGCACGGCUCUGCACCUCGCCGCACAGAAGGGGAAUUUGCGUUUCCUGAAGCUGCUGCUGUCGAGGCGUGCUAACUGGCUGCAGAAAGAUUUAGAGGAGAUGACCCCACUCCACCUGGCCACCCGACACCCCGCCCCAAAAGCACUCGCCCUGCUGCUCAAACACAUCGGACCUGGAGAGGUUGACACGCAAGACAAGAACAAGCAAACUGCUCUACACUGGUCAGCGUUUUAUAACCGACCAGAGCAUGUUCGCCUCCUGAUCAAGCACGACUCCAACAUAGGCAUCCCAGACAGCGAGGGCAAGAUCCCCCUGCACUGGGCCGCACACAGUCAAGAGCCCAGUGCCACACAGACUGUCCGCUGUAUACUGGAGGCAGCUCCCACUGAGUCCCUGUUGAACUGGCAGGACUAUGAGGGGCGGACACCCCUGCACUUUGCAGUUGCUGACGGUAACGAGGCAGUGGUAGAGGUGCUGACAUCUUACGAAGGCUGCAAUGUGACAGCCUACGAUAACCUCUUCAGAACACCGCUGCACUGGGCUGCUCUGCUUGGCCAUGCCAAAAUCGUCCACCUGCUGCUGGAGAGAAACACAUCAGGCACUAUUCCCUCGGACAGCCAGGGAGCGACACCUCUGCACUAUGGAGCUCAGAGCAACAAUGCUGAGACAGUUGGUGUUUUUCUGUCCCACCCAUCGGUGAAGGAUGAACCUGAUCUGGAGGGGCGGACGGCCUUUAUGUGGGCCGCUGGGAAGGGCAGUGAUGAUGUCAUCCGCACCAUGCUGGCCCUCACCCCUAACAUUGACAUCAACAUGGCCGACAAGUACGGAGGCACCGCACUCCAUGCGGCCUCGCUGUCCGGUCAUGUGAGCACAGUUAAGCUGCUGUUGGAGAAGGGAGCGAUGGUCGACUCUCUGGACAUGAUGAAGCACACGCCGCUCUUUCGUGCCUGCGAGAUGGGACACAGAGAUGUCAUACUCACACUCAUCAAAGGUUCUGCCCAUGUGGACUUGGUGGACGUGGAUGGCCACACCGCUCUGCACUGGGCUGCCCUGGGAGGAAAUGCUGAGGUCUGCCAGAUACUGAUGGAGAAUGGGAUUAGUCCUAAUGUACAGGACCAGGCGGGAAGGACUCCCCUGCAGUGUGCUGCUUAUGGCGGCUACAUCACCUGCAUGGCUGUUCUCAUGGAGAACAAUGCUGAUCCAAAUAUACAGGACAAGGAGGGGCGGACUGCUCUCCACUGGUCAUGUAACAACGGCUACCUGGAUGCUGUGAAACUGCUGCUGGGUUACAAUGCCUUUCCCAAUCACAUGGAGCACACUGAGGAGAGGUACACCCCUCUGGACUAUGCUCUGCUGGGGGGACACAGUGAGGUGACUCAGUUCAUGCUGGAGCACGGUGCUCUCUCCAUAGCAGCCAUCCAGGACAUCGCUGCUGCCUCCAUCCAGGCUGUCUACAAGGGCUACACUGUCCGCAAGGCCUUCAGGGAGAGAAAGCAGCUCCUCAUGAGACACGAGCAGUUGCGCAAGGAUGCGGCCAAGAAACGAGAAGAAGAACAGCGGAGAAGAGGGAGUGUGCAGCAGAUUUCCGUGUCCACUGCAGAGAAAAGGAAGGUCUCUUUGGUGAGAGCAGAACAGGAAAAACUCUCCUUAGUCAACAUGAUGGAGGACUUAUCCACGAACGACUCUGUGGUGGAGACAAAGGAAUCAUCUAAAGCCGAACGCACGAGGGGAAAAGAGGAGAGACACAAAGACCAGAAAAGCAGAUCCUCCAGGAGACAUAAAGCAGCUGAACCACAUGAGGCUCCUGGGGCCUUCAGCCACCAUCAUGUAACUGGUGACACGGUGUCUGUUGCUCCCCAGACCACCAGGCUGAAGGAGCUUCUCUCACCCGCCAGCUGCAGCCUGACACCCAGCCUCAGACCCAGACCCCCCUCCAUGCCCAAAGUCAGGGAGCGACUUUCCUCGAACACAAGUGUCUCCUCUGUUGACCAAAUCGAGGCCACGUCCAGAGAAGGCAUCUCUCUAAAAAGGAGAGAUGCUUACACAAGUGUGCAGACUGCCCCCGGCAAGACUGAUGCCAACACCUCUCCACAAAAGCGCAGGAACCACAAGGAGCAGACUUCAGAGAGGGGCUCCACCAAAGACCAAACUCACACUGCUUCGUUAAGAAGCACUUCCUCUUUAGACCCCAAACGCCCCUCCAGAAAGACUGGCACACAUGCACCCACGUCCACACGCACGCACAGGGGACACGACAAAGAGCAGCGCAGGAAGAGGAACGAGGCCGCGCGCAUCAUCCAGCGAGCCUGGCGAAGGUUUCACGCACGCAGAUGGAAAGCGUCGGAGUCAAACCAUGGCCAAAACAGGAAGAAGAUGGAAAUCAGAGCUCCACCUGCAAAACCGGCUACGAGUAAGAGCUCCAUUCUUCAAAGCAUCUAUGGCAACGCCGUGGCAAGACGAGGGCGUUCACUCCGGGGCUCUCAGUCCCAGCUGCUCUUGGACAUGCCGCUUUGCACCCAGAGCCAGUUGAGCAGUAUAGACUGUGUGCACCUGACAGACGUGCUGGAUCAAGCCAAGCAGUACUCGUAUCACCUGAGACCGUAUAGUGCUGGACAAGGACCCAGAGGACGGGGGAAGCAUUGAAAAACACACACACACACACACACACACACACACACACACACACACACACACACACACACACACACACACACACACACACACACACACACACA